UGACAAUCGGUGCAUUCGUGCAAAGUGCAUGGAUGGGGUGCGACGUGGACUGCAUGAGUGUGAAAAAGCGAAGCGGUUGGUUUCUCACUGAAAAGAACCGAACUACGUGAACUGGCUCGAGCUAUGUCAAUCAAUAUCAAUGAACCCAUCAUGACAAGAAAUCGUUAAUUUUCUUAAGACUUGAUGGACCCGGCUUCUUCGAUCCUGUACCGUAAUCGACGGUAAUCACGAACGAAAUUUGAGGAAUAUGGCGAUCACGAAGAGCCACCCGAGCGGCCGAUCGUCAAGCUGUUUACGCAAGUAUUGGACGGUCUUCGCCUUUAGCAUAAUCGUAUUGUGCGUCCAGAUCUAUUUGCAUACGUUCUUCGUUUUGGACAAUGGCAAGACCAAGUCCAAUCGGCUGUUAUCUGGAGAGGGUGGUUCUUCUCAACUCAACGAAAAGGAUGAAGGCUUGCUGAAAGGCUUGCGUCAACUAAAACUCCCACCUGACAAGCAGACGAACUUGAACAAGCAAACGCUGCAAUCUCACUUGAGAAAUCGCACCACUAGGAUAAAGUUAGACCGUAAUUCAUUGAACUUUACACCCAUGUGCGAAGUUAAGGCCAGAGAAGCAGUGAGUGCCAUAACGCGCGCACAGAGUCAAGCAUGCAAGCAACGCAUUGUCAACGUGACGUGCCUUAGCCAGCAGGGUUUAGUCUACCCGGAAAGAGUACAGUCCUUGUGUCCUCACUCUCUGGGUUUUACUGGCACGCCGAGCAACUUGGGCUGCUUCAAAGACGACAAGACACUGAGAGUGCUCUCUGGUUAUUAUCACAUCUUCAAAGGGAACAAUACGCCGGAGCGUUGCGCUUACAUGUGUCUUCAAUCAGGAUUUCCAUACGCUGGUACAGAAUACUCGGUAGAAUGUUUUUGUGGAGUAGAAGAACCACUGCAGACGAAACGAUUGCCAGACUCUAGCUGCAAUAUGAAGUGUUCUGGUAAUCCGAAACAAACGUGCGGCGGCUAUCUGACCAUUAAUGUAUAUUCGACUGGAAUUCAAAAAUUUAAGCCUCAAGAGGCGAGAAAUUCAAGCUUAAAAUAUGAGCUCGAACAACCCGUGCGGAUAGCCUAUCUAUUGACAGUGAACGGCAGGGCGAGUCGGCAAGUGAAGCGACUUGUCAGCGUUUUGUAUCAUCCCUCGCACUUAUUUUAUAUUCACGUUGAUGCGAGACAAGAUUAUUUGUACCGUGAAAUGUUGGAGCUGGAGAAAUCGUGUAAACUAAGUAACAUCAAAGUAGCACGAGGGGAAGGCCUGCGACACGCGAGUAUUUGGGGUGGCGCGAGUCUCCUGACGACAUUUUUAAAAUCCGCGCAGCAAAUGCUCGCCUAUAAUCAGCACUGGGAUUUUCUCGUAAAUCUAUCAGAAUCUGACUUCCCCCUGAAAAGCAAUAAUCAACUGACGGAGUUCUUAAGUUGGAACAGGGGUAUGAACUUUGCAAAGUCGCAUGGAAGAGAAGUUCAGCGUUUCGUAGCGAAGCAGGGUCUAGACAAGACCUUUGUUGAAUGUGAGGCACGCAUGUGGCGGAUCGGCGAUCGGAAAUUGCCAGAUGGCAUCCAAAUCGAUGGUGGCAGUGACUGGUUUGCUUUAAGCCGGGAGUUCGUAGAGUACGUCGCCAAUCCGAGUACCGAUUCACUGGUAACCAAUCUGUCAAAGCUGUUCAAGUACACUCUACUACCGGCCGAAUCAUUCUUUCAUACCGUCUUGAGGAACUCGAGAUUCUGUAACACUUACAUAGACAAUAAUCUCCACAUGACUAACUGGAAGAGGAAAUUGGGCUGCAAGUGUCAAUACAAGGCUGUUGUAGACUGGUGCGGAUGUAGCCCGAACGAUUUUAAAGUUGAGGAUUUUAACCGGUUACGGAAUACGGUGGACCGCAAUAUAUUCUUCGCUCGUAAAUUCGAGCCGAUUAUCGAUCACAAGAUUAUCGAUCGAUUGGAGGAAUGGUUGUAUCCCAAUAGAAUGAAUAAAACGGCCAGGAGUAGGGGUAACGACGUGUAUUGGCAAAGCUUGUAUCACCAUGCGGACUUGAGUCCGCUACCGGACGACGCUUUGCUGACGCUCUCGUAUUCUCUGGCCAGACUUAUUUAUCGUAAAUUGAAGCUGGAUCAUAGGAAUAUCCGCUUGUUGGAAAAUACUGCACACUUCCGGGAAAAUCGGUUUAUCGGUAUAUUGAUCCUCGCCAAGAGCGAGGACGACUCUCCCGAUGUGUCCUCAAAUAAUCACGUGGAGGCUUUGAUUUCCAUGCGACAUAAUUUUUCCACCAGCAGAUCAUGGUCUGGAAAGAUACGGAGCCUCUCCGUCAAUACGGAUUACGAUCAAAAGGAGCAGACUUUUAGAAACUUGGCAGGCAGCAUAGGCCCGUACUCGAAUCCAGUUUUGGCUUACGAGUUUGAUGCAGGUAUUACGGUCCCGCAGAAUAUAUCGGUCUUAUGGAUUGAUCCACACGGACGACUCGCUGACGUGAAUCAUAUACUUCUUGAGGAGAUGACGUUGGUAGGACACAUUAAGCCGCAGCUAAAUGAGCAAUUAGUUAUUGGUACCUGGCAGCUGCUGCUGGUUGCUGAUAUUGAAUUGAUAGCAAAAUUGAAAUUUCUGAUAAUUCCAUUGUCCUAUUGGAAAGCUAAGAAGAUAGACUCUGAAAAGGCCAAGGAGAUAAUAGAUGGUCCAAGCACCGUUUAUCACAUUACGGAAGAAAUGAACAAAAAUUGGUCAAAGCUAAUGAAAUCCACAAUGAUGAACGAGCAUACAGUUACAUACAGUCAGAGUAAGAUGAGUGAGAACCUUGACGACUGGUUAGACAGAUUAGUAUACGAGCACUAUGAGAUCGAUGAAGUGUGCGCUGUCGACAACGACUUUCGGGUUGGAUCAAAGUUACAAAAGUGCGUUGAUACCCAUUGGAGCUCCUUGAGCCCCGAUUCAAAGGCUGAUACCAGUAACCUAUGUCAAAACUACUGAUUAAUUAUUUUACCAACUACGUGCCAUUUUCACCGUUUUGAAACUUAUUGUACGUGUAUAAAUAUUACAGACAUCUUUAGAUAUUUUUAUAUCAACUAAAUUGUACAUAUACUUUGUAUUUAUAAGGAGGAAAUGAUAUAUAUAUAUAUAAAUAUAUAAAUAUAUAUACCUAAAUUUUUGGUAUACGUUGUAAUUUAUUGAUUAUAAUGAUUCUGUCUCAUAUUUUCACAUUAAAGAUUCAUGAAUUAUAUUGGUAAGGUAA